AUGGAAAAGCGAUUUAUUGACGACGUCUUUAGGCUUCGUUACGUAUUUUGGCCCUCUCUCUCUUUCUCUUUCUUUCAUUUUCUCUCACCUCUCACUUUCUCUCUCUUACACACUCACUCUCUCUCACUCUCACUCGCUCUCACUCUCUCUCACCCUUUCACUCUCCCUCUCACUAUCUCUCUCUGUCUCACAUUCACACUCUCACUCCCACUCGCGCUCUCUCUCUCUGUCUCACACUCCUAUAUUCUCUCUCACUCUCACUCGUUCUCUCACUAUUUCACUCGAUUUCUCUCACUCUCUCACUACCUCUCUCAUUCUCCUUUUAAUCAUUCUCUCUCUGUCGCAUAUUAUCACUCUCACUCCCACUCCCACUCUCCCUCUGUCUCACACUCCUAUAUUCUCUCUCACUCUCACUCGUUCUCUCACUAUUUCUCUCGAUCUCUCUCCCUCUCUCACUAUCUCUCUCAUUCUCCUUUUAAUCACUUUCUCUCUGUCUCAUAUUAUCACUCUCUCUCACUCUCUCUCUCACUCUCACUCUCUCUCUCAUUCUCACUCUUUCACACACUCUCUCGCUUUUUCGAUCUCUCUCAUUCUUUCUCUCUCACUCUCUCUCUCUCUUUCGCUCUCAUCCCCUCUCUCUCUCUGUCUCACACUCUCACUCUGUCUCUCAAUCUCACUCUCUCUCACUCUCUGUGUCAAUCUCACUCUCUGUCUCACUCUCUCUCAUUCUCACACACUCUCUAA